AGUAAAGCCAACAACAGUUCCAUAGAAACAAGAGGGAGAAGAGAAAAAAAAAAAAGAAGCAAAAAUGUCUAAAGUAGAAGAAGUGCUGCUAAGCAGUGGAAAACGGCAGCGUUUAUUGGAAGGUGAAGAAGAAAAGCUUGAACGAAGGGAAGAAGAAAGAGAAGGAAAGAACGAGCUUCCUUUGAAGCCAAGGCUGUUGUCUUACCCUACAAUCCCGACUUCUUUCGUCGUUUCCGAUGCUCUUGAACCUGAUUUUCCCCUCAUUUAUGUCAACAAAGUCUUCGAGGUUUUCACCGGUUAUCGUGCCGAUGAAGUCCUUGGCCGGAACUGUCGAUUCCUACAGUAUAGAGACAGAUGUGCUCAAAGACGGCACCCUUUGGUAGAUCCUUUCGUUGUUUCCGAGAUACGGAGAGGUCUCGAAGAAGGUAUUGAAUUCCAAGGUGAACUUGUGAAUUUCAGGAAGGACGGCACUCCAUUCGUGAACACAUUAAAACUUACACCUAUACAUGAUGAUGAUGGUAUUGUCACACACGUUAUCGGUAUUCAAGUUUUUUCUGAUGCAAAGCCGAAUCUGAACCAUGUAUCAUAUCCGGUUUUCAAAGAGACUUGUGAUCAGCAGUUGGAUAAGUCAGCCAAAUGCUCUCAUUUGACCGGAAAUCCAUCGAUCAUUUAUCAUCACAAAAUGUGUGGGAUACUUCAACUCUCCGAUGAAGUCUUGGCUCACAACAUUUUAACGCGGUUGACACCAAGGGAUGUUGCUUCGAUUGGGUCCGUCUGCAGAAGGGUACGCCGACUAACAAAAAACGAGCAUGUGAGGAAGAUGGUAUGUCAAAAUGCUUGGGGACGAGAAGUCACUGGUACAUUGGAAACGAUGACUAAGAAGUUGGGGUGGGGACGUCUUACCCGAGAAUUGACCACUCUCGAGGCAGUUUGUUGGAAGAAACUGACUGUCGGAGGUGCAGUGGAGCCUUCACGUUGCAACUUUAGCGCGUGUGCAGCAGGGAACCGACUUGUGCUUUUUGGAGGGGAGGGAGUCAAUAAGCAGCCAAUGAAUGACACAUUUGUUCUCGACCUUGAUGAUUCAAAUCCAGAGUGGCAACAGUUGAGCGUGAAAUCUUCCCCUCCAGGGCGUUGGGGUCACACACUCUCGUGCCUGAAGGGGUCAUGGUUGGUGUUAUUCGGAGGGUGUGGAAGGCAAGGAUUGCUCAACGAUGUCUUUGUUCUCGACUUGGAUGCCAAGCAACCUACAUGGAAAGAAGUAUUUGGUGGAAGCCCCCCUCUCCCGAGAUCUUGGCAUAGCUCGUGCACAAUCGAUGGUUCUAAGUUGGUUGUUUCUGGUGGGUGUGCAGAUGACGGGGUGCUGCUAAGUGACACUUACCUCUUGGAUCUCACUACUGAAAACCCAAUAUGGAAAGAGAUUCCAACAACAUGGACACCUCCAUCUAGGUUGGGCCAUUCACUUUCGGUUUACGGUAGUACUAAAAUUCUUAUGUUCGGAGGACUCGCAAAGAGCGGGAACUUGCAACUCCGAUCGGGUGAAGCCUACACUAUUGAUUUGGAGGAUGAAGAACCACAGUGGAGGCAACUUGACUGCAGUGCUUUCAACAGCAUCAGUAACCAAAAUGUCGUCAUACCUCCUCCUCGACUAGAUCACGUUGCGGUUAGCAUGCCUUGCGGGAGGAUAACUAUAUUUGGCGGUUCGAUUGCUGGGUUGCACUCUCCUUCUCAGCUCUUCCUUUUCAAUCCUUCAGACGAGAAACCGUCAUGGAAGACUCUCAAUGUUCCCGGGCAACCACCGAAACUUGCUUGGGGUCACAGCACUUGUGUUGUUGGGGGGACUAGGGUCUUGGUAUUAGGUGGACGCACCGGCGAGGAAUGGGUCCUUAAUGAACUACACGAGUUGUGCUUAGCGAGCAGGCAAGACUCGGACUCAUGAUUCGGAACUUAAAACUCAUCCAUCAUCACGAUAUUUCUUCGACACACUAUAUCUGAGGCGAUUUCUUUGACAAUAUUUCACUGAGCUCCUUCCACGUUUGACAUGCUUGGUCUAGGUGCAUUCUGUUUCGGUUCCUGUAUACAUAUGCCAUUGCAUCUUCUACUUUUAUUUUUGUAUAUUCAGUGUUUUGAUUGUAAUAAUAAAUUACUGAUGA